UCAAGUGGACCUACUCACCUCUUAAUUACUUCGUAUUAAAAGUGUUCAAAAUACCAUUAUAAAAAAAAAAAAUCGUGCAUGUUGUCUAUACAAAAUUCGAACAUACAACCUUAAUUUUGUACAAGUAGUCAUGAAUUCCAGGUAAAAUACAAGUAUUGAGUACUACUCCGUACAUACUAGCAAUCAUUUUUCAUGUAAUAACCAAAAGUGUCCAAACCCAAGCUAACUAACUUAACUGAUGAGAUUCAAAUUUCGACUAAACUACACUCGACCCGACUAGACCGAACCGAACUGAACCGAACCAAACCUUUCAACACGUUUAGAUUACUCCUACAGUCCUACUGAUGUUUUUUUGUUUUCUGGGAAAUAUCAUUCACUCCUCCAUAACCUCUCCAAUUUCCUUCUAUGUCGCGCUUCACAGGCAGCUUGGCGGUUCAACGCCUAAUCUUUCACCAAACAACUCUUCGAUUUCACAAAUCUCUCUACUCAAAUUCAUCCCCAAUUUCUCAGCAACCCAUUUCACCAAAUUCAGUACCAUCUUCUCUAACGGUCGACAAAAUCCUGUUGAAUUUGAAGCUUGGUAAGUCCACUCACUUUCAUAACUAUCGCACAUUAACCCCUUUUGAUAUUGCUCAAAUUCUGUAUCAAUGUCGUGAAAAUCUGCAUCUGGGUUUGAAGUUUAUUGAUUCUUUCUUGUUUAAUUGCCCUAAUUUUCGACAUUCCACGCUUUCUUUGUGUGUUAUGGUUCAUAUGUUGGUUAGGGGUAGGAGGGCAUCAGAUGCUCAAGCUUUGAUUCUUAGAAUGGUUAGAAAAAGUGGGGUUUCGAGGGUAGAAAUUGUUGAUUCUUUAAUGGGGAGUUAUGAUCAAUGCGGUUCGAAUUCGGGUGUUUUUGAUUUGUUGGUUAGGACUUUUGUGCAAGCCAAGAGGUUGAGGGAGGCUGCUGAGGUGUUCAAAUUGUUGAUUAGUCGAGGGGUUUUAGUGUCGAUUAAUGCUUGUAAUAGUCUUCUUGGUGGGUUAGUGAAGGUUGGGUGGGUUGAUUUAGCAUGGGAGAUAUACCGAGAAAAUGUUAAAUAUGGAGCUCAGUUGAAUGUUUAUACAUUGAAUAUAAUGAUCAAUGCUUUGUGUAAGGAUGGUAAGAUGGGGAAUGUGAAUUCCUAUUUACUAGAAAUGGAGGCCAAGGGGGUGUUUCCUGAUAAUGUUACUUAUAACACUUUGAUUAAUGCAUAUUGUAGGGAUGGGAAUGUCGAAAAGGCUAUUGAAAUGAUGAAUUCGAUGUCGAGUAAGGGCUUGAGAGCUGGGGUGAUUACCUACAAUUCAAUAUUAAAAGGGUUAUGUACAAUGGGAGGGUAUAGUAGGGCUAGGCAGAUGUUGAGUAAUAUGAGGCAAACGGGAUUGUGUCCUGAUACUAAUAGUUACAAUGCAUUGUUGAUUGAGUGUAGCAAGAAAGAUAAUGUUGUGGAUGGGGAACAAUUAUUUGAUGAAAUGAUACACCAUGGUGUGGUUCCUGAUGUAAUUAGUUAUACGUCACUUAUUAGUUUGUUUUCGAAAAAAGGGCAACUUGAUCAAGCCUUGAUUUAUUUUAAAGAGAUGAAGGACAAGGGGCUGGCUCCAGACAGUGUUUUAUACACCAUUCUUAUUGGUGGGUUUUGUAAAUCAGGUGUUAUGUCUGAGGCGUUAAGGAUGCGUAGUGAGAUGCUUGAAAGUGGUUGUCUUAUGGAUGUGGUGACAUACAACACCAUUCUGAAUGGCUUGUGUAAAGAAGAUAUGCUUGGUGAGGCUGAUCAAUUAUUUGAUGAGAUGUUGCAAAGGGGUAUAUCCCCUGAUUUUUACACAUAUACAACACUUAUUCAUGGUUAUUGUAAGGCUAGGGACAUGGACAAAGCAGUGGUAUUGUUUGAAACUAUGAUUCAGAGGAACCUUAAACCAGAUAUUGUAACGUAUAACAUCUUGAUGGAUGGUUUUUGUAAGCAGGGUUUCAUGGAAAAAGCUAAUGAAAAAUGGGCUGACAUGGUUCAUCGAGGAAUUUACCCUAAUCACAUUUCCUAUAGUAUUUUCAUUAAUGGAUUUUGUAGUGUGGGGCGUCUUAAUAUGGCAUUUAAGCUUUGGGAUGAGAUGGUUAAAAAAGGUAUUGAGCCAACUAUUGUGACCUGUAAUACCAUCAUUAAAGGCUAUUGCAUAUCUGGAGAUGUAGCUGAGGCAGAAAAGUUCCUGGCUAAGAUGACAGCAAAGAGCAUUCUUCCUGAUAAUUUUACUUACAACACUCUUAUACAAGGAUAUAUCAAAGAAGAGAUGAUGGACAGAGCUUUUGUCUUGUUUAAUCAAAUGGAGUAUCAGGGGAUAUUACCUGAUGUCAUAUCAUAUAAUGUGAUAUUAGAUGGUUUUUGUAGACAAUCUAGAAUGGAAGAGGCAAACUUGAUAUACAAGAAGAUGAUAGAAAGAGAUGUAAAUCCAGACAGAUCUACUUAUACAAUGUUGAUUAAUGGUUAUGUUAGUCAGGAUAACCUGAAAGAGGCCUUCAGGGUCCAUGAUGAAAUGCUUCGAAGGGGCUUUGUGCCAGAUGAUAAAUUCUGAUGCACUUGUCAGGGAAUUGAAUAAGUUGGACAGAUCACAGAUCAUCACCUCUCUGGUUUGGCUGUAUGGAAUGCAAAUGAAACCUGAUAAUACUUUUAUAAGGAUCAAUUUGCGAAACUGCACUUAGGAAUUGCAGGUUGCUAAACUACUAGGAACUUCUUGUUCUAAGUUAUAAAGUCUGGAAAAGAGGUAUGUCACAAGGGCUAAUUGCUAUGAAGGUGAAUCUCAGGUUCAUGCCUCUGUGAGCAAGUAUGAAGUAUUCUGCAGUUUUUAUAUAUUUAUGGGGUUAAUAAUGGAAGUCGUGUGGUUGGCAAUUUUUUUGUAAAAUUUCUAUUUAUGACUCGGCCUCCAUCCAAUUCACAAGCGUCAGCUAACGAAUAGCAUGUCUAGUUUUUUACGUGCAUUGCAAAGCAAGUUGAGAAGUUUACUCCAUUAUUUCAAAUGGCGGAUGAUAUUCGAGACCUCAAGUUGGGUUGUGAUUUCCCUUAAGGUGACAAACAAAAUUAUGCCGGCUAAGAUUGCUUUCUUAAUCUUUGUCCCCAAAUUUAACAUAUUUCAGAGUCUAGCGUUGUAGCGCAUUGCACAUGUACUAUUGUAUAUAGUUUUGUAUUUGAUACUCCUUUCGCCUGGAAUUAAUUGUGAUGAUAGUUUAGACUAUUACACGAUUUUACUUGAAGACUCGACAUAAUAUUAAAUUGCUCCUACAGUUUCCUACUCGUACUAUAUUAGGACAUUUUCGAACAUUGUAAAAUAGUGCAUGUGACUAUUAAGGUAUUAUUCUAUUGCA